GCCAGUCGGCGAACUGUCAAAAUCAUACAAAAUAAUCCUAACCUCAAAACAGGAUUCCAAAAAUAUUGAAAUUGAAGAAAUAGGUACUAUAAACCACCAGUAAUUUCAUAAAUAUUCUGUUGCGACGCAGAUAAAUUCAAAAUGAACCAAGCAGAUGUUUCAAAAUUGGUGUCUAAACUGCGCAUAAAGGUUCCCACUAGACAUCGCAACUUAAAAAACGUGAAAGGCCCCGAAGGUAGACUAGAUAAAUUACGUAAAACUGUUACUGGCUUAAUCAAAUACGAAAGAAUUGAAUUAAAUCAUAACAGAGGCGAUGAAGCUCGCCAGUACGCCGAGAGGCUUAUUUCAGAGGCGAUCCGCUAUGGGGACUGUCAUAAACCAACUAUGGAUGUAGCGAAUUUCUGGCUUCUUGAGAAAGAACUUGUUCAUAAACUAUUUAAAGUUUUGGUUCCACGAUUUGAAAACUGCAACACAGCUUUCACAAGAAUGUUGAAUGCUCCCAGAGUACUUCCCAGCCGAUGCAAUGAUAAAGUGGUGCUUGAAUUGAGAGGGAAUCCUUAUCCUUCGCUGGUGAACAGGCAGUCAAAUAACCGACAACUGAUCCAAAAUGUUUUACUGGAUGCAGCCAAAUAUGACUACAGGCAAUCAAAAUAUGCAGAAAUGGCCGAAAAAAUAGGCAAAGCAGAGGAGACCCAAGCAUCAAUGGCAACAUCACAGGAGCCCUCAAAAACAAGUGCUGAGAGUAAAACACCUGAAAGUUAAAAUAACACAAUAAUCCAGAUUUUGAAAUAACAUAGAAAUGUUUUUAGACAAGACAUAACUUUCAUUAUCUGUAAUUUCUAUUUGCCAUCAAAAGUUAUUGGAUGAAGCUUUAUCUAAGUUUAUAAACUAAUAUAAUGAUAAUACAUUCUAGUUUUAGAAAAUUA